CAGGAACCCUAGGAGGGCGACCCCGAGGACCAGCAGCCGUGGCGGCCACGGGGCGGGGGGCGGCGGUCGGGGACCGCGGCCGGGGUUGCAGGCGGAGGAACAGCUGGAAGAAGUUGGAUUCUAUGGGUACCAAGAGAAGGAGAGCUACGUCUCCUUCCAGCAGCAUCAGCGGGGAUUUCGAUGACGGCCACCACUCUGCCCACACGCCAGGCCCAAGCAGGAAAAGGAGACGGCUUUCCAAUCUCCCAACUGUGGAUCCUAUUGCCGUAUGCCAUGAACUCUACAAUACAAUCAGAGACUAUAAGGAUGACCAAGGCAGGCUUCUGUGUGAGCUCUUCAUCAGAGCACCGAAGCGAAGAAAUCAACCGGACUACUAUGAAGUGGUUUCCCAGCCUAUCGAUUUGAUGAAAAUCCAACAAAAACUAAAAAUGGAAGAGUAUGAUGAUGUUAACUUACUGACUGCAGACUUUCAACUGCUCUUUAAUAACGCAAAGGCAUAUUAUAAGCCGGAUUCUCCUGAAUAUAAAGCCGCCUGUAAACUCUGGGAUUUAUAUCUCCGGACAAGGAAUGAAUUUGUUCAGAAAGGAGAUGCAGAUGAGGAUGACGAUGAUGAUGACGGGCAUGACAAUCAUGGAACAAUUCCUGAAGUACCUUCUCCAAGUUAUUUGAAGGAGAUCCUUGAACAACUUCUCGAAGCCAUAGCGAUAGCCACAAACCCAUCGGGACGUCUCAUAAGUGAGCUUUUUCAGAAACUUCCUUCUAAAGUGCAAUAUCCUGACUAUUAUGCAAUAAUCAAGGAGCCCAUAGAUCUCAAGACAAUUGCCCUUAGGAUACAGAACGGUAAUUAUAAAAGUAUUCACGCAAUGGCCAAGGAUAUAGAUCUGCUAGCAAAAAAUGCCAAAACCUAUAACGAGCCUGGAUCUCAAGUAUUCAAGGAUGCAAAUUCAAUUAAAAAAAUAUUCCAUUUGAAAAAGGCCGAAAUUGAGCACAUAGAAAUGACCAAGUCAAAUCUUCGGAUCAGGACUCCCUCCAAUUUGGCAGCAGCUAAGCUUACAGGUCCUCUGCAGGGUAAGGGCAGUGUUGGUGAAGAGAGAAACCCAGCUAGCAAAUACUACCGUAACAAAAGAGCCGUCCAAGGAGAUCGCUUAUCAGCAAUAACCAUGGCACUCCAGUAUGGCUCAGAAAGCGAUGAAGACGCUGCUUUAGCUGCUGCUCAUCGAUAUGAAGAGGGCGAAUCUGAAGCAGAGAGCAUUACUUCCUUCAUGGAUAUUUCCAACCCCUUUUAUCAGCUCUACGAUACUGUUAGGAGCUGUCGGAAUAACCAAGGACAGCUUAUAGCAGAACCUUUUUUCCAUCUGCCAUCGAAGAAAAAAUAUCCCGAUUAUUAUCAGCAAAUCAAAAUGCCCAUUUCGUUGCAACAGAUCAGAACCAAGCUAAAGAAUCAUGAAUAUGAAACUCUAGAUCAUUUGGAAUGUGAUCUGAACUUAAUGUUUGAAAAUGCCAAACGCUAUAAUGUUCCCAACUCGGCCAUCUAUAAGCGAGUUUUAAAGAUGCAGCAAGUUAUGCAGGCAAAGAAGAAGGAGCUUGCUAGGAGAGAUGACAUAGAGGACGGAGACAGCAUGAUCUCUUCUGCUCCAUCCGACACCGGUAGCGCCAAACGAAAAAGGAACACUCAUGACAAUGAUGUGUUGGGUCUCAGGAGACUGUCCAGCAAAAAGAACAUAAGAAAGCAGAGGAUGAAGAUCUUAUUCAAUGUUGUUCUUGAAGCCCGGGAGCCAGGGUCAGGCCGAAGACUUUGUGAUCUGUUUAUGGUUAAGCCAUCCAAAAAGGAUUAUCCUGAUUAUUAUAAAAUUAUCUUGGAGCCAAUGGACUUAAAAAUCAUUGAGCAUAACAUCCGCAAUGAUAAAUACUCAGGAGAAGAAGGUAUGAUAGAAGAUAUGAAGCUAAUGUUCCGAAAUGCAAGACACUAUAAUGAAGAAGGCUCACAGGUAUACAACGAUGCGCAUAUCCUGGAGAAAAUGCUCAAAGAUAAAAGAAAAGAGCUGGGGCCUCUACCUGACGAUGAUGAAAUGGUCUCCCCCAAACUCAAGCUAAGUCGGAAGAGUGGUAUUUCCCCUAAAAAGUCCAAAUACAUGACUCCAAUGCAGCAAAAACUAAAUGAAGUGUACGAGGCAGUAAAGAACUACACGGAUAAACGAGGUCGUCGACUAAGUGCCAUAUUUCUGAGACUUCCUUCUAGAUCUGAGCUGCCUGACUAUUAUUUGACCAUCAAAAAGCCAGUCGAUAUGGAAAAGAUAAGAAGUCAUAUGAUGGCCAACAAAUACCAAGACAUAGACUCCAUGGUCGAAGACUUUGUAAUGAUGUUCAACAAUGCGUGUACCUACAAUGAGCCCGAAUCUCUGAUUUAUAAAGAUGCCUUAGUCCUACACAAGGUUUUGCUGGAAACUCGAAGAGACAUUGAAGGAGACGAGGACUCUCACGUCCCUAAUGUAACCCUGCUGAUCCAGGAACUUAUCCAUAAUCUUUUUGUGUCGGUAAUGAGCCAUCAAGAUGAUGAAGGGAGGUGCUACAGCGACUCCUUAGCUGAAAUUCCUGCUGUCGAUCCCAAUUUUCCCAACAAACCACCUCUUACCUUUGACAUAAUUCGGAAGAACGUCGAGAAUAAUCGCUACAGGAGACUAGACUUGUUUCAGGAGCAGAUGUUUGAAGUCCUGGAGAGAGCCAGAAGAAUGAACCGGACCGAUUCGGAAAUAUAUGAAGAUGCGGUGGAACUCCAGCAGUUCUUUAUUAAAAUUCGAGAUGAACUCUGCAAGAACGGAGAGAUCCUUCUCUCCCCAGCACUCAGUUACACAACGAAACAUCUUCAUAAUGAUGUGGAGAAAGAGAAAAAGGAAAAAUUACCGAAAGAAAUAGAGGAAGAUAAACUGAAACGGGAGGAGGAAAAGCGAGAAGCCGAGAAAAGUGAAGAGACUUCUGGAGGAGCGGGUCUAUCGGGACUGCAGCGCACAUACAGCCAGGACUGCAGUUUUAAGAAUAGCAUGUACCACGUUGGGGACUACGUCUACGUGGAACCCGCGGAGGCCAACCUGCAACCUCACAUAGUCUGUAUCGAGAGACUCUGGGAAGAUUCGACCGGUGAAAAAUGGUUGUAUGGAUGCUGGUUUUAUCGACCAAAUGAAACAUUCCACCUUGCUACACGAAAAUUUCUGGAAAAAGAAGUUUUUAAGAGUGACUAUUACAAUAAGGUUCCAGUUAGCAAAAUUCUAGGCAAAUGUGUGGUCAUGUUUGUUAAGGAAUACUUUAAGUUGUGCCCAGAAACCUUCAGAGAUGAAGAUGUUUAUGUCUGUGAGUCACGAUAUUCUGCCAAAACAAAAUCCUUUAAAAAGAUUAAGCUGUGGACUAUGCCCAUCAGCUCAGUUCGAUUUGUGCCCCGGGAAGUGCCCCUGCCAGUGGUUCGGGUUGCCUCGGUGUUUGCAAAUGCAGACAAGGUGGACGAUGAGAAGCACAAUGAAAUCUCCGAGGACAAUAAAAUGGGAGACACUUUGCUUAACCUGGAAAAGGAGAAGGAAGACGUUCCAGUGGAGAUGUCCAACGGUGAACCUGGCUGCCACUAUUUCGAGCAGCUCCGUUACAAUGACAUGUGGUUGAAGGUCGGGGACUGUGUCUUCAUCAAGUCCCAUGGCUUGGUGCGGCCUCGAGUGGGCAGAAUUGAAAAGGUUUGGGUUAGGGAUGGAGCAGCAUAUUUUUUUGGCCCAAUCUUCAUUCACCCUGAAGAAACGGAACAUGAGCCAACUAAAAUGUUCUACAAGAAAGAAGUAUUUCUAAGUAACUUGGAAGAAACUUGCCCUAUGACUUGUAUUCUGGGAAAGUGCGCCGUACUGUCAUUCAAGGACUUCCUGUCCUGCAGGCCAACAGAAAUACCAGAAAAUGAUGUUCUGCUCUGUGAGAGCCGCUAUAACGAGAGCGACAAACAGAUGAAGAAAUUCAAAGGCUUGAAGAGGUUUUCACUCUCUGCAAAAGUAGUAGAUGAUGAAAUUUACUACUUUAGAAAACCCAUAGUUCCUCAGAAGGAGCCUUCCCCACUGUUGGAGAAGAAGAUCCAAUUGCUAGAAGCAAAAUUUGCUGAGUUAGAAGGGGGCGAUGAUGAUAUCGAGGAGAUGGGAGAAGAGGAAGGUGAAGUUAUUGAAGCUCCCUCUUUGCCUCAGCUUCAGACUCCGCUGUCCAGUGAACUAGACAUCAUGCCUUAUACUCCACCACAGUCCACUCCUAAGUCUGUGAAAGGCAGCACAAAGAAGGAAGGCUCAAAAAGGAAGAUCAAUAUGAGUGGCUACAUCCUGUUUAGCAGUGAAAUGAGAGCCGUGAUUAAAGCUCAACACCCAGACUACUCUUUUGGCGAGCUCAGCAGGCUUGUAGGAACCGAGUGGAGAAAUUUAGAGGCCACCAAGAAAGCAGAAUACGAAGAGCGGGCAGCUAAAGUUGCUGAGCAGCAGGAGAGAGAACGAGCAGCACAGCAACAGCAGCCGAAUGCUUCUCCCCGAGCAGGCACCCCUGUGGGGGCUCUUAUGGGGGUGGUGCCACCACCAACACCAAUGGGAAUGCUCAAUCAGCAGUUGACACCUGUUGCAGGCAUGAUAGGUGGCUAUCCGACAGUCCUGCCACCUUUGCAGGGGCCAGUUGAUGGCAUUGUUAGCAUGGGCAGCAUGCAGCCACUUCACCCUGGGGUGCCCCCUCCCCACCACCUUCCGCCAGGUAUGCCAGGCAUCCCCGGCAUCCCACCACCGGGUGUUAUGGGCCAAGGAGUGUCCCCCAUGGUAGGAACUCCAACUCCAGGAGGAGGCCCAUAUGGGCAACAGAUGGGAAUUCUCGGCCCUCCUGGCCAGCCAGCACCACCCCCGUAUCCUGGCCAGAGUCCCGCAGGCCAGCCGGUCAUGCAGCAGCCCACGACACCAAUGUUUGUCGCUCCUCCUCCAAAGACCCAAAGGCUUCUGCACUCUGAAGCCUACCUGAAAUACAUCGAGGGGCUCAGUGCCGAGUCAAACAGCAUUAGCAAGUGGGACCAGACCCUUGCAGCUCGAAGACGAGAUGUUCAUCUAUCAAAAGAGCAAGAGAGUCGCCUCCCGUCGCAUUGGUUGAAAAGUAAAGGGGCCCAUACCACAAUGGCAGAUGCCCUCUGGCGCCUUCGUGACUUGAUGCUGAGAGACACCCUUAAUAUCCGCCAGGCCUACAACAUAGAAAAUGCUUAAUCAAAUCAAAUAAUUGCUACUUUGAUAAAAAAAAACAAAGAGUUUUGUGGAACAAUAGUCGUUUUAGUUUUUUGAGGGAUAACAAGGUGAUAAUUUUUAUUGCAUUUUCUGUACAUUGCAAAACCAUUUUUAUAUACGGAGACUUUUAAUAAGCAUCUUUCAAUUUGUUUUUGCUAUAUUAAGUUGACUUGAUCAAAUACACAAAGGAUUUUUUGCAUUACGCUCCCUCGGUUUGAAAGGCAGGUUCAGAUUUGGUUGUGUAGGUAGACAGUUAUCUUUUUACUUGUUGCCAUGGGCCUAGUACCAUCAAUUUUAUAUAAAACAAACCAGAAAAUGAGUGUGUUUGCAAGUUAGUCGAAGAUGACAAUGAAAUGUGACAGUAGUCCUGGUUCACACCCGACAGGAGCAUGUGUGUGUGGCCCAUAUGCCUGCCUCAACUGCUUUCAGCAGAAACCCAUGAACUGAAGUGCUUUUUCAAAAAAGAAAUAGAUGUUGUAGAUUCCAGCUCUGUCACAGAUGUAAGAAUUAAAUCUGAUAGUUACCUGAAGGCUCUUUGCAAAGAAGUCCGUCUUCUGCAGUCCUCCACUAACACCUAACAUAGAGCCAAGGCACUUAAUUUCACUCACUUCUACUUUGGAUAGUCACGUUGUCAUCUGUUUUUUGCCUGAGAGAUGCACAACCCUGAAUUGAAUUGAGUCCUGGCAGGUGACUUUUAAAAAAAAAUUAACCAAAUUUAACUUAAUUUCAGAAGUAUUCAUUAUUCAUGUAUACAUGUGUUCUGGGUAAUAAAUGAAAUCUUAAUAUCUGUACAUAAAGGCAUUUGCAUUCACCUGGAAGAAAGUCCUGGGGUGAAUGAAAAUGAUGUUUAAAACAUUUCCCUGCUUUUAAAAUAAAACCCUUCUGUGGGUUAAAGUUGACCACCCUGAACCAGAAGGGCACCCCUGAGAGGACAGGCUAUUUGCCUUUGCAAUAUUUCUUUGCUUUUUGUGUUGCUGGGGAGAAUAUUCUUCUACAAGUUCCAAGGUUAGAACUUGUUUGGCAUUUUAAGCCAAGAGUCUGAGCUGCAAAUUUUGUUUCCAAGAUAUUAAUAUGAAUUUUAAAAUUUUGACUUUCAGGAGUAAUAGAUUUGGUAAAGGGACACUAUAGGGGCAAAUGCUUAUGAAAUAGGCUACUCAGAUACUGUAAGCAGUAGUUUAGAGGUACCAUAUUGUCUAGCCCUGGAGUAAACAUUCUUGGAGCAGUGUGUAUCUUUUUAAACAACGGGAGUUCUUGGAAGAGUCCAAUGCUGCAUAAAAUGUUUUAUCUUUGAACUCUAUUUCAAAAAUGAGGUCUGAAUGAGAUGCCAUUAACACUACUUUGAUGGCACCUAGGUUGCUGGGUAUAGGAAUAAAUAAUAACCUUGAAAGGACUCUUCCUUUCACGUUUUUUAGUAAGCAUGAAGACCUAGGUUUUGGGGGGUUUUUUAAUGCCAUCCUUAUUAAAUAAUCAGGGCAGUCGAAUUUUGAUAGAAUUUUUUUGUGUGUCUCAACUAAGUAAAAUUAAUGGCUAUUACUUUAAAUUAGCAUUAAUUUUUUAAUCACUUGACACUUGUCAUUAAUCAUCAUCUAAAUGUCUACAGAGAUUCACCACUUUCACUGCAAAAAUGAACGUUGAAACAAUCAAGGGGCAAGCCUUAAUGUUGUAUUGUGGACUGUGGGUCUGUUAAAAAAAAAUUAUGCCCUAAAACCUGGAAUUUUAAAGUUUGUUUUGUUUUUCCUUUUCAUUUGAGAUCUAGAUGUGAUUCCUUUUUGUUCUCAGUGAGUGGAAGGGUCACUGCUGAAUUAACUGAGGUAUUAUAAAUUGAAGGAACUAUUUAUUCUGCUCCCCUGUCAGCUCAGGCGAGUGUUGUUAAAAACAUAAAACAAGAUAUAACUUUAGAUCAGGCAGUGCCUCAGGGCUACUGGGUGGUCUCUAAUCAAAUUGCUUUUUAACUGGGUGUAUUUAUUGAGAAUCUUGUCCCCUUUUUCUGUAUUUCUGGGAACAGACUGGUCAGAAUUGAGGAUACAAAAUUUGAUGUCCGUAGGUGAGAAUCUCACCCUUAGCAAAACAUAUUUUUUCUAAAAAAUAAGCCUCACCUUCUUGUGAGUUUUAGAGCCUAUGGUUUGUAUGAUGUGAAAAAUAUCUUGGCAUAGUAAUAUUUUGGGGGGGUAAAGAUAUUAGUAUGAAAGGUUGGCAAAUAAAAUAGAAUUUGUGUGUCAGGUAGUUGGUUGGAGGCCAUUCAGUCUUCAUCCUUUCGAGACACACACAACCCAUAUACACAACCCAUACACACGCCCUUUCUCCCUCUCCUUAAGGUGGUGGGGGGAGGGGACUGUGUAAAAAUCUCCAAUUUGGUGUUGGUGGCAUUUCAGCUUUUCAGCCCUAGAUGAUUGCUUGAUUUAUCCUUUCCUCUGUAUCAAAAAGGUAAAAGUGGUAACUAGUCGUAUAACGUGUAUGUACCAUCAAUUUGUUCAUUUGAAGCUUUUUAAUCCCAAUAAAAAUGGAAUUUGCAAAGUG